AUUGUCUUCUAAAUAAUUUUGUCCAGUGAGUGACCAUGCAUAAAUGCUGUAAUAAUUUUGACGAUCAGCAUAACAUAUUAUUAUGUAUGUAAAUAUUAUUACCAUUAGCAUUAAGCCCAAUCUAGCAUUCUCUUGGAGAGGGUUGUUUACAACAGGUACUUGUCAGAGAAAUCUCAGUUUAACUACCUGGCAACGUCGCAAUUCACUUCAGCAUAACACCAUGGUAGAUGAGGAUCGGGGAUUUGAAAACAAAGGAAAAUCCCAACAAUUUUGCGAUAAUGACACACGUCUUGAUUUUCAUAGCGAAAAUUUCGAUCCGGUCUUAGCACUGAGGGUGUCAGGUGUUUCUGUGCCGGUGACGGCUGCUCCAAAGUAUGAUAACUUGGGAAAAUACAAGACGGCUGUGGACAGAGAGGCAAAAGGAGAACCAGCUGCCCCCAAGAAAAAGGACCCGGUGAGUACGGGGGAGUUUCAAAGAAGAUGGUUACCUCAUCAGUAUCUAAUGAGCUUCAGCGGAUGUAAACGGUCCAGAUGUCCAAUGCUUCAUUUUAUACUGAACUAACUGACCCGUCAGACGUUGUCCUGUCUUAGAUAUGGACUGGGAUGAAUAAUGAAUAAUAAAAGGAUUCCAUCAACUGCCGAAGAAUGGCUUCAAAUUUCCAAGAUUUUUUACGAACAAUGGCAAUUUCCACAUUGUGUGGGCUCCAUGGAUGGGAAACAUAUUAUAAUAACAAUACUGGAAGCGAAUAUUAUAAUUAUAAAUCAAAUUUUAGUAUUGUGUUAUUUGCAGUUGUGGAUGCGGCAUACAAUUUUAUUUUUGUGGACAUUGGUUCUCAAGGUAGAAUUUCAGACGGCGGUGUUUUUAAACAUACUUCACUACAUAGAAAAAUCACAGAAGGCAGGCUAAACUUUCCUAUGGACAAGUUACUGCCCGAAAUAGGCAAUGUUUUCCAUAUGUUUUCUUAGCAGAUGAGGCAUUUCCCUUGACAAAGAGGAUAAUGAAACCGUACUCGGGGAUGCACGAAAAAGGUACAACGCCGAGAAAAUUCAACUACCACCUAAGUCGUGCAAGAAGAGUUGUAGAGAAUGUUUUCGGCAUUGUUUCUGCAGUUUUUCGAGUUUUACGAAAACCCAUGUUAUUGGAACCAGAAAAGGCAAAAUACGUAAUCCUGACAGCAGUAUGCCUACAUAACUUUCUACGAAAAAGUAAAUCUCGAAAUACUUAUACUCCCCCUGGAACAUUUGACCAAGAAGUCAGCAUGGGAAAUAUAAUUCCUGGUAACUGGAGAAGUGAAGGCAACAAUGAUUUGUCAUCAUUCAUACCCAUCAGGCAAAUUCCACGUAAAACAUCAUUGGAAGCAAAAGAAGUGCGGGAUAAAUUUGCAACUUACUUUUACAAUAAAUGAAUAUAAUACCUAUGUAAAUAUUACUUCAUUUUCUGCCUAUUAUUAUUUAUGAGUCAAAUAUACUUACAUUGAGAGAAGUUAAUGUUUCUGUUGGUUCAUCUCUGUCUAAUAAAAAGGCCAUUCGGGUGAAAGCAAACCAUUUGGAUAUAUACACUUCUUGCCUACCUAUAAAAUAAAUUGUUUUUCAAAUAUAACACCUAAUUUGGCCCACAGUGCUGUAUAAAUUACCUUUACCGGUACCAACAGAUUUUUUGCCUUUGGAUUUUUCCCGCCUGAAACUUGCCAACAUGCUCUCCAUUUUCUUUUUUACCUCUUCACUACCACACUGCAUGAUUUGACCAAUAUUCACCC